GUUGCCACGUUUUCUUAGUAUGGUUAGUAGCAUAACAGUUCAUAAUGGUUAUAUUAGAUUAGUGUUUGUUAAGGUAUAUUGUUAAUUAAUUGUGUAAGAACGAUGGCUUCCUUGGUUGCGGAUUAUGGAACUUCCUCGAGUUCGGAAAGUAGCGGCGACGAUGUUUUGGACAGUGCCGAUAACACUUUCAAGGAUGAAGAAGAAGAAGAGGAGGAGGAAGACGACGACGAAGAGAAUAAUGAAAAUAACGAAGGUGUACCAAAUAAAACAGCUUCCAAAGAGAAACUUCCAUUGCCAACCCCUGAUUUUAAUGGCAUACCCACCAUGAAAACUUCAGUCUUCUCAAAUCCGUUUGUUGAAGCGGAAAAAGCAAAGAGUGCAAUUCUUGAAAAACAUGUAAAAAUGACUCCAACUCUAGACGAUACGAAAAUGAUAAAUGGUAGAAAGAUCUGUUGGAAUUACAGAAAGGGCAGGUGUCGUUUUGGUCAUAACUGUACCUUUGCUCACGAUUCUGAUUUACACCGUACAGCAGCUGAAUUAGAAGCAAUUCGAGCACCGCAAGAAACAAUUAUAUGCCAGACUCAGUAUAAUGGUCAAGUGGCUAUAAACGACGACGACGAAGUAGAUCAAGAAAAUAACCAAAUGAAUAAACGUAAAAAAAGGCCAGGAUUAAGUCAAUCCUUAGUACCAAGUAAGAAAGUCUUAAAAAUGUACAAAGCACAACAAGCUAAAGCUAUUACUAGAUAAAUGUAAUUUUAUUAAGUAUAUAAAUAAUAUCAGCAUACCAUUAGCUGCUCUGAGAAGGGAAUAAUUUAUGAUUUACAUACUUUGUAAUUUAAAUGAAUUCAUACAAACGGAAUUGAUGAUAACUUACAUCGAAAAUGCAAGCUACAAAAUAUGAAGUAUUGUAUGAACAAAUGAACAGUAUAAAAGACUAAUUACUUCUUGAUGUACUAAAAGAAGUAAACACGAUGUACGCACUUAUAGAGUGCAAUUGACUCUUUGAUAAGAGUUAAUUAACAAAUGCGUCGAAAAUCUUCGCUACUUUGAAAUUACUUACAAAUUUCAGAAUUAUUUAAAUACUACUCGAUAUUUAUAGAAAAGUGUUUGUUAUGUAUAUAAAAAGUACAUUUUACUUGUAUAGUUAAUACUUCCAGGGACCUGCAUAAAUGAAUCAUAAUUCAUUGUCUUGCAUACAAAUAGUUUUAUAAAUGUAGUUCUAUUUAUAUUCGGUAUUCCUAACUUGUCCAUAAUAACUGAAAAUGUCUUCUUACUACUUGCUUUUAAUUAUACAGUUUAAUUAGCUGUAUGUUUCUCUUUUACUGGAAAGAGGCAGCUAUUUGAAAGUUUUUUGUAUGAUUCCGAGACAUUUACAAAUAGUCAGAAGCACUAUUGUAUUUAAAUAUUCUAUGAAGUAUUGCUACAGCUUUAAGAAGUUUUAGACACUGUUUAAUGUACAGAGAAAAAAUUGUCACUUUAUGUAAGAAAGGAUUAUAUGAGUUAUGUAUGAUACAAUAUUGUUAACAUUCUUUCCUGAUAAAGCUGUUUAAUCUAGUAUCUAUAUUAGGUACUAACAGUAACGUAUAAUUAUAAUAAUCAUGGUAUACCAAAAACAACAAUUACGCUUCCACUAUUCGUUAUAUCUUUCUACAUAAUGUUACAAGAUAUAAAACAGGGCUUAUGUAAUUCCAUACCGAAGUAAAUAUGAUUGUUAAUUUUGUUUCUUUGGCAACAUAAUAUCACAUUUCUUCCUUUAUAUGUGAUCUACCUACUUAAAGUAUUUUUAGUAGUAUAUACUUCUUUCAUUCAGCGUGUAUUGUAAUCUGUAUACUUCUUAAGUAGUUGCUAAAAAAAAAGUUUAGGUAAAAAAUUUAAACGAAUUAUUUCGCGAAAUUGAAGUGAAUCGAUUUAAACUAUAUUGGAUACGAGAGAAUAAAAAUUUGUUAAAAUAAUAAAUAUGACGAUCUACGGAAAAAUGUCAAUGCAUUCGAGAAAGUUUAUAUAUAGUUAUAAGUUUUCUUUUUUAUUUUGUACAAUUGUAAGAUUAUGAGAGAAUUUUUUGAAAACUGGCAAUAAAUCGCAGUGACCAACA